GCAGGCUGGCUUCGGAAAUCUUCGAAUGCGCCACUCUGUCAAAAAAGUACCUAUUGUGUGUUUUGUAUUAAAGAGUACACAUUCAACCUUCUACGCAUUAGUAUAUAAUCAAAGAGUUGCUGAAAAUCAUUAGACAACGGAGAAGAAUAAAAAAAAUGACAGCUGCGUUGGAAUUACAUCAAGAUUCUAGGACCAGAAGUCAAUCCACGCGGGAACUAAUAUCAAAACUCACAAAAUAAGCCUGAGUUCUUUUGCACGAAACAGUUAAGUGGAAAAUAAUAUCAAGAUGGAUAGUUCCACGAGAAAAUUUCAAGACCUGCAGCGUUAUCGUCCAUAUUUGGAGAACAAGAUAGCAAGCUUGAAAGAAAUUCGAUUUAAGAAUACAUUUCCCGAUGAAAAAAUUAACCAAAAAAUCGAAAGGUUGACAACGAUCCAUGGAUUACUGUGUGAUACGCAGGCUCCAAAAAAAAUUACUCUUUCUACCUGGGAUAAAUUUGAAGAAAUUAUUAAAAAACACAAACAGCAGGACAGGUAUGAUAAAACAUGCCAACAACUGGAUAAAUUAUCGAAAGGCCAUGGAGAAUCGCAAGGAUCAGGAAGCAGCUAUGGUAGCAUUAGCAGCCACAUUGAUCGCUCGAAAAAGGUGUUCGAUGACACACCUGCGUCGCCAAGUCCACCGCACAGUCCAGCACACUCAACAAGCUCACACGACUCUGCACCUAAAGUUAUUCCCUUAGAGCGGCAUUCUCGCUUUGUACCUAUCCAACCUAUGAAGAUAGAUACCGUUACGGAUUUUUUUAGAAACAGAAGCCCGUCACCCGCCCUUGAUGUACUAAAAAUUGUCCCCAUUCCAAGAACCAAUAUGAAGGAUAUUGGUCCUCUGGAUUGGGAUUCGGACGAUGAGUGUGAAGUAGCGCCAAAACCUCGACCACCGAUCAUUGUACCUAGUAAACCAGACGUGGUUACUGCUACUAAAAAAGCAAUGGAUAAUUUAACGUCAAGAGACUCUCAGAGGAGGGAGACAUCGAGAAAAGAUGAGAUUAAACCUAUAAAAUGGGAUAUUGAGCCAAUCAACCAUUCAUCGCAAAACAUACCCACGGUGCCCGUUAACUCUUUGGGUGGAUCUCGUCGACUCAAGACAGUCAUUGAAAAAACAAAUAUCCUCAACCUAAACUCAGACUUAAAUCGCAUAUUAUCUAGUCGUCAUUAUCCAGGCUUGCCUAUCAGUGAUGAAGUCAUGGCUUCACCCAACCCAGAUUUCUUUCAAAAACCACCUGCUCCUCCUCUUCAUGAACCACCACCCUCUACGUUUUCACCUCCGAAACGGGACAUGCCGGCACCUUUGACCUCGAAAGUACCGACUACCCCAUCGUUACUACUCAACGCACCUAUGACCACCUCAAAAAUGCCGAUUUCUCUUGAUGAUAUAUCCGAGUUUUUGGAUGAUAGUAGUCUCAAAAGGUCCGAGGGUAUGGCCAAACAUCUGCCUACUGGUCCGAGGCCGGCCUCACGAAUGGCGCACGUGCCCAAUCCCUCGCCUGGUAUGCUCAGUCCAAGGUCGGAUAAUACCAUCUUGACCCCUCAUCCAGAGCCGAGAGUUCAAAGUGAUCCACGCUCACGUCCAAACAGCAGUGACCCUCGCAGUUACGGUGUGUCACCAGUGAUCAAUAGUGAUCCACGGUUAGCUAGCAAUCAGGGAGAUCCGCGAAAUCACUCGGUCGUGCCUUCGUCGGAUCCACGUAGCCAAAGUAUUGCGGGCGCUAGGUACGCUGACAACUAUGAGCGUCAUAAGCGAAUAACGGAUUCAUCAAUGCCCCCCGAUUACCAAAGGCAUCAGUAUAAUCAGGAAGCCAUUCCUACGAUGGUGCCGCCACCCGUACACGGCCCAGGUCCAAGUUCUGCUCCAGCUUCAUUAACUUACGGACAACAAAUGGGAUCGUCCAAUCAGAUGGGUUACGAUUAUUGGAUGGGAGCUCCUCCACAGCAACAGCAGUGGAAUCAACAUCCACGCAUGCAACAACAAACUACAGCGCAACCUUAUCAAAUGUCAAAUCAGUCAACUAGUUGGCAACACAUGCAGCCUCAUUCAAUGAUAAAUGGCGAUUCCCGAAUGGGUCAUUCAUAUUCUAAUCAAAUGCCACCCAACACGGGUCGGAAUGAUUCACACAUGCAAAACGUGAUGAGCAACAACACGAGCUAUGGUCAGAACAGAAGCGCAGGUUACCAAGAUUCGCGGCCUUCAUACAAUAUGCCUUACGAACAGCACCAGCCCCAGAUAAGGCCUUCUUGGAAUAAUCGAGUGAACGAUUCCGAGCGAUUCUCUGGUAGACCACCGUUCGGAAGGCCUGGCGGACCACCAAACUCUUGGAACAAAGAUAUUCAGAGACCAAAUCGAGAUCCAAGAAUGUUUUCGGACAGGGAUCCGAGAACGCGACCCGAUCCUCCGCGACCUUCUACUCCCCCAAUACCUCCUAAAGAAACACCCGCUCCGUUCAAAGCAUCCGAGAAAGACACACAUCCAAAUAAAUCCAAGCCAUUGCCUGAAAAAGAAGUUUCAAAAAAACGUCCGGAUAUUGGUAAGACUGAUGUCGUAAAGGAAAAAACCAAAGAAAAGGAGAAAGAUAAAAUCAAAGAUAAAGAUAAACAUAAAGAUAAAGAUAAAGAUAAAGAUAAACACAAGGAUAAAGAUAAAAAUAAACACGGUGAAAAAUCAAAGUCGAAAUCUAAAAGCUCGAAUAAGCCUCAAUUGACAGACAUCUAUGGCACCAUAGAUGCAAAGAAAGCUGUUAAAGGAUCUGGAUUGCAAAAGUUUAAAAUUCCUAAAAAGAGACCCUCUUAUGAUGCUAGAGAUACCGCAGCUGCAUCCGAGGAAAAUGUAGAAGAGAGUGAUGUAUUGAUUACUCACGAUACCAGUGAGAAACAGUCGGAGAGUAGUACAUCCAAAAAAUCAUCCAAGUCAGGCGCAAAAGAAAAAACAAGUAAAAAAGACAAACAUAAAAAUGAUGUUCUGGAUGAACUGACAGAUAUCGACAAAAUUGACGGAUUGAAAGAACUUGCGGCUGCUAAAAACCUUUCAAGCGAAGACAUGGCAAUCAUUUUCAAUCAAAUGAUGACAACUCUAAAAAAGAAAAAAAAACCUGCGAUAUACUUGUCUGAUGACGAAGAUGAAGAUAGCAGUGACAAGCAAAAAUCAGAAACAAAGAAAACAUCAAAAAAGAAAAAACAUUCAAAGAAAGUAAUUGAAUCAUCCGACGAGUCUGAAAAUGAAAAGAAACUAGAAAAGAAUAAAGAAAAAAAGAAAAAGAAGACUGGUGCAUUAAGGAAAAUAAUCAGUGAUGAAUCAGAGGCAGAAGAAAAAGAUAAUGCGGGAGAGAAUGAAGAAACGUUCGCUGAUCUAUUAAUGGAAAAUGAUGUACCUAAUGACGAUGGUAACGAUCUACCCGUAACCGAGCAAGAACCAGAAUCCGAAGUAGUAGCUGCCGAAGGAGAGGAGGAAGCUGCUACUGUUGCUACGGAAGAAGAAAAAAUUGUCCAAGCACCUGCUAAACCAAAGCCAAAACGUCGGACUCGCGAACUCGAUGCUUUACAGGAAGACUUGAAGUCCAGCUGGAUAUGUGAUGGUGCCAUGAGAGCUACUGGCAGUCGUAUGUGUAGUCAGAGAAAUAAAGACUUGGAGCAGGUACAAGAAAAAUCGACGGAAGAUCAACCUGGUAUAUCUGCUGCUACAGCAAAAAACAUAGGUUUGCUUAAGAAUGUGUCGAUUAAACUUUCGAAAGACUUUCUCAAUGUUUUAAAUUCAAAAACAGGUAAGAUGAAGAAGCCUCUACCACCUAAAGUCAAACCGGGCCCAAAGAGUAAAAAGGCUGCCGCCUUAGCCACAGCUGUUGCUAUCGCUGCGUCCGAGGCAAGCUUGACCUCUUGCCUCGGGACUUCGGACAGCGAAGAUGAUGAUACUCCCCUGUCGUUUAGAUCCGAAAAUAUAAACGCCGAUGGCAAAUCAAAGAAAGAUACGUCUCCCAAAACUGCUAAAAAGACGCGAGCUAAAGCUGUCAAAGUUCAGCCUCCGCCGCUUUUUGACAGCUCGUCCAAUGACAGCUUUAAUCUUGACGCCUCGGCAGUUGAACCUUCUACAGAUAUUUCACUGCACCCUGAGACCAAUCCAACUGAAAAAACAGCCAAGGGAAGAAAAACGACCAAAUCGAAAAAGAAGGCAACGACAGAUACAGCUGCGGAAUCGUCUUCUGAUGAAAGUCUGGUGGAUACAACAGCCAAAUCACGCGAAUCAAACGAAGAACUACUUGAUAACGUUAUGGCAGAGUUGGCUUCGAAUCCUAAGUAUUCAGUGGCUAAAAAGAAACAAACUAAAAAGAAGAAAAGUAACUGGCAAAUGGGUAUCGUGUCGAAAAAGAAGAAAAAGAAAACACCAGCAGCAGCAGCCAAGAGCGACGAUGUGCACGGCUCGACCUCGGAUCUAUCUGUGACCAAUGAAAACGAUCUGGCUGCAAGUGAUGGCGCAUUAGUAUCGUCGAAAAAAACAAAAAACUCUUUAGAGCUCCAAGAUAACGCUGACGAGUCGGAAGAUCCUGGUUGGAACACUAUGAGCACCACUCAAGAUGAAGAAGAAGUAAUAUCGCGCGUUGAUCCUGACGCUUUGAUCGGAUAUACCCAAUCCGAAGGAAAGCACCAGUGCCUGCUGUGUAGAUUUUACCGCAAAAACAUCGUACAUCACUACAAGAUACAGCAUCCGAAGAAAGAAGUGCUGAUAUCGCGUCUACCGGCAGAAGAGUCCACUCUAGCGUGCGAAGAGUCCAUGAGGCUGGAUUUGGAGAAUAAUGAUCCACCACCUGAUGCGGACAUUGGCAGAUACAUCUGUCGCUUUUGUAACUUCAUGACAAAAGGCGUGGAUAUCGUUGCCCGUGAAUCGUUUUACGAACACUGUACGAACCACACGGGUGAAUAUCGUUUCAUGUGCCAGCAAUGCAACUACGAGGCUGUGACAAAGGGCUCGAUACGCACGCAUUUCUACAAAGAGUGUCGCAAGCUCUCAAAUAUGAAUUUGAACGAAGCGAUUAUUGAGACGACGAUUCCGGUGGACAACAGAAUUUACGGCUACAUCUGUACGCAUUGCAAUUUUCUUCAACUGAAAAAAAGUAACGUGGAAAAGCACGUGAGACUAUGGCACACGAGAAUAAAUAAAGAUCUUGAUGUCAAAAUCAUGAAAAUCGACAUGUCAAUCAGCGUGAAGCGAGAAGAUGUUCAAAUAUCGACGAAUUUUGUCAAUACUGCUGUUGUAAAAGAAAUUGAACCGAAGAUCGAAAAUGAUCCUAUCGAAACAUCGAUGCAGGAAGAAUUUCAGAUUGAAGGUGACGAAGACGGUUCGGCAGCUUGUGACGUCAGCGUGCCUGAGAAGGUAUAUUUUCCUCCAGAAGACCCCGAUCUCAAUAUUACGCUGGAACUGGUGGAACAUAAGCCCGAAAAGAGCAGUAACUUGAGCGCGUUCGUAUGCCCCGACGAAGUGGCAACCAAAAAAGAAGAAGAGAUUCAAAACGAGCGCAAAAAAAAGAUGCAAGAGAUCGCUCAAAACAUUGGCAUCAAAGUUGGAGAGAAAGAGACUCCAAAACGACUUUCCAUCAUCGACAAACUCAAGGACAAGAUUGAAGAAACUGCUAUGCCUAUUGAAGAGAUCGAAACUACUGUUCCCGAAAAAAUCGAGAUGGACGAGAGUCCUUCCAUGGAAGAAAGUCAGGAUCCGCUUAGUAUUCCCGAGGAGAAGAUCGGGAUACCCACGGUGGAUGCUCAAACGGAGGAAUCGAAGCCUCAGAUUUUGGAAGAAACUAGGCCGAUCAAAGAGGAUCCAGAAAACUCUACUGUUGUUUCAGGAGAAAAAGAUGACAAGGCCAGUAACAAAAUAAAGGAUCCUUUAGCUUUCGUCGAUGAAUCCACCGGAAAGACUGUUGUGAGCGAAGACGAUGACAGCGAUCCCAACGUUAUUCCUCCGCUUCAGUACGACUCCGAGUCUGAUCAGUCGGAUCACGAAAUUACCACUCCCGACGUCAGCAGUAUUCUGCAAGAUACGAAUAAAAUAGGCUCGCCUUCCAAGGGUCGUAUGAUGACGACGAUUCAGCGACUCGCGGCACAGUUGCAGACCAAGCCUCCGGAAACUCCGCCGCUGCCUGAGCCCGAAAUGGUCAUGACGGAUGUCGGAAAUGGGGCUUCUGUAAAAGUAAAAACGGAGCAGACUUCUCCAAAAAAACAAGACGACAUGGCUGUUACAUCGCAAACAACUAUUAAGACUGAAGUCCAUGCGGAGCUGGGAUCGCUAACGGCAAACGAUAAUGGGCUUAAAGCAACUGAAGAAGCUGCUUCGAAGCAAACUGCUCAGUCUCCUAAGACUUUCAUUAGAAUCAGGAGAAUAAGUGGAGAUAAACUUUCCAAGGGAGGCGACCAAGAGUGCGAAUCAAAUAACGGGACCGACCAGACAAUGGCUACCAUGAAACCCCUAGACGCAGAAGACGACUCGAAUUUCGGAUUUAGAAUUGAAAGUGUCGUGAGUCUUGCUCCACAGGACGGUGUCAACAAAUUUGUUCCUAAUAUGCGCCAAACGGUCGAAACAUCGCCGCCAAUAGCCGGUCUACCGGUGCUAAAAAAGGCACCCAGUCAAUACAUCAUCAAGCGUGCAGAUGGCACAAGCCAAGUCUUGACAAGCUCUACGGGUGAGCCGCUCAAACUUGUCCCGAUAUCAAUACCCUCAGCAGUUCGUACGAGUGCCAAACCUUCCGAUAGCUAUGUGUCCAUUGGUGGACAGAUAUCGAUCAAGUUAGAUCCGAAAACAAUGACUUCGUUAUCAUCAGCCGCGCCUAAUGCUAUCAACAGCCCUACAACGACUAUCGUCACCUCGACUGGACAGCCAAUCAAGCUGGUAAAAAUAAAUCCACCUGAACAGAUGCCCGUUGCCAUCAAGCUUAAAUCCGCUGUUGUUUACGAAAGAAUGCUAAACGACGACAAGCUUGUACACUUGUUCAAGUGCAUGGGUCGAGAUUGUUGUUUUACAACGAGCACCGAGCCCAUAUUCUUCAGGCACAUACAAAUGCACGAAAUUGAGUCAUCAUCUGAUGUAUCAAGUUAUACCGAGUAUAGAGAUUUUCACAAGUGUGCUUAUUGCUACAUCAACUGCAAAAACUAUACCGAUCUUGUCCAACAUCUCGAGACAACGCACAUAUUCUGCAGAUACUGCUGCAAGUACUGUUUUUAUAGGGCUUAUGCUUAUUCUUACGUCGAAAUACAUCAGAAAAGUUAUCACCCUAUAAAAAAAAUUCACAUACUCGUAGCGAGCGAAGAACUUGUGCUCGCACCUCCUCCUCCGAAAAGACUCGAUCGUAAACAAAUUAUCAAGCCAUACGUGUGCGUUCAUGAGUGCAACAAGUAUUUUUUUAUACCGGAAGCCUUCAUGUUACAUCUGAAUAUGCAUCAUAAAAAUAUUAUUUCUGGCUACAAGUGCCAUAUCUGUGUAGUCUUAGCAUCCAAUACAGACGCUCUCAUUGAACACUACAAGCAGCAUGGUUAUUUCAAGUACCAUUGCUUGUACUGUGCUCAUGGUGCGGCCAAUAUGAAAGAACUGGCAUCUCAUCUGAGCUCGGCUCAUUACAACCAGCCACCUCAAGUUCUAGAGAGAUGUUUACCUCGUGAGAUCUUGAAAAACUUGAGUGCGAUCGAACAGUUACGGGUACGUGACAUAGAAGUAAUGCAGCGUAAACCUGAGGACGAUAUCAAUCCAAAAGUACCGAUACCACCACUAUCAAAGACUCCAAGUGCAAUUUCUGUGAUCCCCAGUGCACCGAUCAUGGCGACCAAAAUUCUUUCACCCAAAGAAAAACUCGCGACCAAUAGUGACGGCGGUAUUUCUAAUUUUCGUAUUAUAAGUGCACGCAGUCUGAAUGCCAAUUCCACCAAUUUACUCAAGGUUGGAAAAAACGUUAAGCUUGCUUUGGCCGAAAUACCAAAGUUGAACUUAGAUGAAGCAUUAUUACAAAAAAACCACUUGAGUAGCUACAAUCUGUUUUAUAAUAAAAAACAAAUCGGUGCGGAUGAUUCAAAUGACGACAACAACGAUGUCGUGUUCCUAGAAGUCCGAACUCAACCAAGCGAUAGUAUAAAAAACCUGCAAGAGCCGACUGCAAAUACAUUAGAAAUCAAGGAAGAGACAUCAACCGAAGAUGAUGAAGACUCGAACAAAGCAAGCGAGUCAGAGCAAAAUUGCAGCAGUAACGCGACCGGUACGGAUCAUUCUACUACCACCUCAAAGAGUGGUGAACCUAGCACUGUUCGUUUCUUAACUCUUGACGACGUGAAAAACACUGGCUUCAUGGGUUGUGACUUGUUCCGUUGUGGGGUCGAGAAUUGCCAAUUCAGUGUCGAAUCAGCGGAAGAGCUGCGCGCUCACAUGCAGCAGUGCCUUCCCUGUGCCGAGGAAGGCACUGACGCAGCUUUGUAUUGCCCGCACUGUGGUCCGCAGAGCAAACGCUUCGUCAAGCCAAGUUCCUUUAUCGACCACAUAAAGAUACAUGGGGUCAAGCGUUUCGGCUGCAUCUUAUGCGAUGCAAAAUUUGCUCUACAGAGUCAGGCUACGUGUCAUCUACGUCUCAAGCACAAAUAUCUCACGUCAAGGUUUGUGCCUGCCGAUCCCACGAAUCCGUCGACCGAUGGCGUUUUCUACAUCCAUCCGGUGACCGUGGACAAGGUGAAGGGUGGUAAAAAGGGCCAAAAAACUGUUACGGAGAAGCCCACCGAGCAGGAGAAGACGAGCUUUUUGCCGAGCGAAAUCGACAAGCUGCCUUUACCUGCCAUCUUUAACAAGGCAGUGCAGUGUGCCAUCUGCUCGUAUACCAACAAAGUGCGUACCAAUAUUGUUCGGCACUUGCAAGCUCACCUCAAAGACGAGAGUGUUCCCACUGCCUGUCCAGUCAAUCCGGUGCCCUGUCUCGAUAAGAAGGAACGCAUGUUUGACAAGAUGGUUAAUCUAGCGAGUAGUUCGCACGAAAACGGUCGAAUGGGUAGCGGCGGUUUAGGCCCUGCUCCAAAGGAGGGCAAGCCUGAAGAGGACGAAGGUCUACCGAAAUUCGUUCCCGAAAAUAGAAGAUACGUCUGUGGCGUUGCGGAAUGCAACUAUUUAUCCGUGGACGAAUUGAUGCUGCGGCAUCACUUGAAAGCUUUGCACUCGGACGAGGUGUACUAUCGGUGCCCCCACUGCCCACCACCGAACGGCCAGGAUCCCGGCCAAAACAUAGCCUUAGAUAAAAUGGGUGUUCACUUAAAAAUGCACGAUUGCCGACUUUACAAGUGUUCUCAUUGCAUAUACCAUCACUAUCACAGGCACGUUGUCGAGCGCCAUUUGGCCGAUAAGCAUGCGGAAAAGCGUCAGUUUGUCAAGGUGGUGCGCGAACUACAGACCGACCAACAAAUAAUCGAGAACCAGCAGCAGCAACAACUGUUGGGUACCGCUUCCCAAGAGAUCGAGGACGAAGAUCAGCCGGAUCCGGACGGCAACACCUGGAAGUGCAACCUGUGCGAUUUUAAGUGCAUAUUAAAAGCAGCCAUCCAAAAUCAUGCCGCUAUCGAGCACAAUGAGCGCUGCCAGUUCAAAUGCAACGGUUGUGGUUUCAGAACCAUCAGUAAGAUCACCUUUGAUCAGCACAUGGCCACCAAACACACCAAUGACCCUCAUGUUGAUUAUACCACCGUGUAUCGCAGGAUCAAGAGUUUAAAAAAACCAGAGAUAGUGGAAGCCCCGGUUGUGCAGGAUGAGCCGUUCGACACUACGCCGCUUUGGUCGCGACAUAUGCCACGGAUUCGUCACAUUCGAGGCAUUCUGUUCGAGGAGGAGGAGGAAAACAACGAAACCGGAAAACCUGCCAAGCGCAAAUCCGCCAAAUCACUUUCGGAUGACCCGCUCAAGUCACCCGAGACCAAGAAACAACGCGCAUUGUCGAUCGAUGACAUUGAUAAGCUGCGCACGGCCGAUGGAGGCUUUGGAUCUUACGGCACUCCCAUCGGGAACCAAUACACAUGCGUGAUUUGUAACUCUUACAAGUCACGGUACAAGCAAGACUUUAGAGAUCAUAUGUUCCGUGACUUGAAAUACUUGAGGUGGAAUUGCCCUAAUUGCGAGUACAAGUCAGUAAAUCGCGCGAUAUUACUUAAACAUCAUAAUAGUAAACAUUCUGGUCUGACUUUCAACGUUGAACCUACCAGUCCUGAUGCCCAAAUCGAAGACUGGGUUGCUAUGGUUGUGAAGACACAAGGUGAAAUCAUGAAAGCUAAUAAAGCCGCUGCAAAUACAGCCGUUGAAGAUGAAGCCGAGGUGGAAGUUGAAGCCGAAGCCGAAGAGAGUGGUGACGAAGACGACUACCUGGUCGACAGUAUUAAAAUCGAAGAGGAGGAGAUCGAGGACAUCAAUAUAGACAACGUUUCAUCCGAGGUGCUGUCGGAGGCUAUAUUUUGCAAACACUGUCACAUGAAGUUUACAAAGUGGCGAGGCUUCAAGCGACACGUUCAGCUGAAGCACUUGAAAAGGCUGAAGUUUUUGUGUGCCUACUGCGACCGCAGCUCAAGUUCUGAGGUAAUGAUAUUGCAGCACGUACGCUCAAGACACAAGAACAUGCCUGAAAAAGUAGUAGAAAAUCCAAAUCCCAAAACUAGCGAGUUGAGUGCCGAAUUUUGGGAACGUGAGUAUGGUCUGUUUGUGCCGAAACGUUCAAAAAAACGCAAACGCCCCGAGGAUGUGACAGUAGGUGUCACCGAGGACGGCCAAAUAAACGAGUUACCCUGCAAAAAGUGCGACUUUACUGCAUUGAACAUGACUGGGCUCAAGAAUCACAUGAGAACGCACGAGACGAAAGUCAAGCAAAAGUGUACUUACUGCACAUUUAGCAGCUUUAAUCUGACUGAGAUGCGACAGCACUGGGAGGUCAAUCACGCUCAUUUGGAAUUUAAGGUCGAAGAGGCUAUAGUUACUAGCGCCGCAAUGGACGUAGCAGCGUUGCGCGUCGGCAAAAAAGCUAAGUUUAAUGAUGAAAAAAAAUCUAUAGUUUACUACUGCUAUUACUGUAGUAUGAGCAGCCAAUCACUUGAUAAGAUUAGACACCACUGGCAACUUUUGCACAAGGACAAUACUAGAACUUCGAUGUUCAAGUACAAAGAGCAUAGCGAGGUAAAGAUCAAGUGUGCCUAUUGCGCCGAAAAUGGCACUAAAUCCACUCUGGUUCAUCACAUUAGAGAAAAGCACGGCCGCGAUAAGCCCCUUUUGAUGGUAGAGCGGGAGGAAGAUGGCUGGAUGUGCGACGAAUGUAAGGAAUUUUUGGCCAACAAAGAGGAGAUCGACGAGCACAAUAACAGAGUUCAUCCAGAAUACACGAUAAACGUGAAAUUGGUGCGUCGAAGUUUCGUGUGCAAGCAGUGCGGUGCUGAUACAAUUUCUGCCGACACGAUGAUGAGACACGCCAAAAGUCACCUUAACGCGUACAGAUGCAAGUACUGUGUCGAAAUGUUUAAGUCCUUCCACGCUGUAAAGAAUCAUUUCGCGGUGGCACACGUCGACAAAGAGCCCGAGACGCGAACCCUCACAACGGACGAGCAGAACCGAGUAAUCGAGAAUCUGAUGCGGGAUUCGGUGGUAAUCAGUCCCAUUCAACUCAGUCCAGUCAAAGUGACAAAUACACCAAUCAAGUCGCCUCCCACGAGUCCGAGACUCGCUAAAAAGUCGACGACGAAGCAAUGCGUCAGACGAAUAUGGCCUACUCCAGAUAAGAUCAAGGCAGUGGCGAGAAAGUCGACGAAUCCGCUACCUCGCUAUCCUUCGGGCAUCGUGUUUGAAAUCGGGGAGAGGCCUGAACCGAAUCCCAUCUCGUAUUAUGGUCGACCCAUAAGUCCGAUAGACCUGAGUAAAUUCAACACUACCCUGAACAAUGCUGGACUUACAAUCAAACUGGACUGUGCCAAGUUUGCAGAAUUUUCGAAUAUCAACUUUAAUCCUAGACUUGAGCUUGUCGACUGUGUAAAGAGCAUAACGCGGAGCUGAAGAAAAUUGCGAUUUUCGAAUUAUAUUGAUAUGAGCUUUGAAUCAUGGUAGCAAAAUGCUCGCUUUUUGUUUUUGUUUUUUUUCUGCCUCUAGAAUAAAAUAAACGCCAAACGUUAUAGUAACUUAAAAAAAUGAGGCUAAAGGUGCUUUGGUAAAGAGCACAAAAAAUAAUCGAAUUCCACAAGAAUAUGAUCUGGAAGACUCUUUUUGCGUGUAAAGUAGAUUACUAAUUAGAGAUUAGUUUUUACUUUCUUUAAAUUGAACUUUUUAGAAUAUUUUUUUAUAAAAAUAUAUCAAAACCUAUACAAAUCUUGUAGAUUUGUUUAAAAAAUUCUUUCUGGAAUGAUUCGAUAAGUGGAAAAAACAAUCGUAACUUCAAUUUGGUCGUGCAUUGAAUUACAGUACUUUAUAGUAAAAUUUUGUUCGUUUAACCGUGUUGCAUUUUGGAUUCGUCCAGCUGAAAAUUUUAGCUUUCCAUAGAUUUUACUUUUUUUAAAUUGAAUGAAAACUAUGUUUGUUAAUUGAAACACAGAAUUAAUAAGUAACUAUUGCGUAAUAAUUGGUGAUACAAUUUGUAAUUCUGUUGUAUUUUAUUUUGUAUUUUAAAUACGAAAACGACUCGUUAACUUUAAUCAAGGUAAUAUUGUGACGACACGCAGCUGGUAACUGGUAUUUUUAUGGACGAGAAUAAUAGAGUAACGAAAAAUAAAUGAUUUUUUGUAAAUAUUCGUAAGUGUAUAAUGUGAAAUUGAUUAAAAUAGGUAUGUUUCGCAGCAGGUAACGUUUUAAUCUCUAAAAUGUUGAGGAAGUCAAUCGUUAUGUAAAUGAUUUUGUACAAUCUACCGAACUAUAGAAUUAUAAGUAAUAAUACAUUGAGCAGUUUUAACUCACUGCAAGCAGUCUUUUUUUCCUACGUAAUGAAAGUGCGGUUUUAUAUUUAACAUUACAACUGAAAACAAAUACAUGUUUCGAGUGAGUUUAUGCUUAUAAUGCAUAUUAAUACAUGCAACAUCAAGUCUAAGCUCGCAGAAAGACUGAAGUAUCAACUGUGUCUAUUAGAAUGUAAAAACUGGAAGGAAUGUGUAAAUAGAGUGUACAAAUCAUGAAUAAAUAUUUUCGAUUUUUUUAAA